CUUUCUCCGUUGUAUUCCUCUCUUGUUAAGGUCACCCUCAUAAUGGACGAGAAACUUCGUCUCAGAAGAAUUUUCUCUCCUCCAGUUUUAAACCCAGAAUAUAGAACCAAAAAACACAAAUCCUUCACCAACCAGUUAAAAAAUCCUGCGAUUCAUCGAAAAUGGAGGUGGAGAACAGACAAGAACCGACCAAUAACAACGCUCAUCCUGUUUACGAGGAGGGCGGAAAAUGGGAAUUAUCAAAGUACCUUGAGCAUCAAGGCGAGUGGUUAGAGCAAGCCAGAGGGAACCUAAUGGUUGUGGCCACUGUCUUAGCCACGAUCAGUUUCCAAGUCGCGAUCAAUCCGCCUGGCGGCGUCUGGCAACAGGACGACGGAUGUGGCCCCACCGGAGAUAACUGUACCAGGAUUGCUGGAACAUCCGUACUAGAGAACUCCAAGUUUGGAUCCAAAGACGCAAUCUUCCAUGACUUGCUCACCAACUGUAUUGUGUCUUUCACAUUCUCCAUGGCCACUAUCUACUUCCUCCUCUUGGGCGUUUCACUCAGGAGCAAACUUGUGGCGUUCUUGAUAUUCUCUAUGAUGGGUUCCGCGGUUGGCGCGACGGUUCAGGCAUUCAAGCUUUCCGUUAGGUUGGUUCACUCGGACAACUCCUCUAUCCGGUCUAGAAUGUUGAUUUACGACUGGUUCUGGCUUGUGAGUACGGCGUGUUUACCCGUCGUGUACGGCGUGUUAUACUGCGCAAUGUCCUGCUUUAGAAAAAGGUCGAACCGCCGCUCGAGACCUUCCGGCCAGCCACCCUCGUCCACUGCUUGA